CACUCAUUCGUAGAAAAUCGAUGGAGGACGAUAGUUUCAGAGCUCGAGUGGAGAAGGCUUUCGGGCCGCUGGCCUCGUCCUCGUCCCGAUCUCCAUCCUGGUCUCUCACCGACGGCGAGGUCGAGAAGAGAGAGUGGCGGCGCCACGCUGCCCCCUCCGCCCGAGACGACGACGACCUAACGCCCUGUUCUUCGUCCUUCCGGGCCCUCUUCUCCAACAAGUCCAGGUUUAAUCGAAGAAAGUUCGAGCAAGACCUAGAUGACGACGACGACGACGACGACGACGGUCCUUCUAGAGGUCGUUCUCGGCCUUCGGACGAUGGUACAGAUGAUUGGGAUAUCAGAUCUUCCAUAGGCUUGGAUCGCACGCUUGAUAAUGAGGCAAAAGAAGAUGAAUAUGAUAAAGUGGCUGAGGGCAGAGAGGAUGCAGGUGAACGCUUGUACAUGAAGGAUGUGGCCAAUCAUGGACCGUAUUUAAACUCUCACAAUCUGCUUCCCGGUUCAGUUCAUGACACUACUAAGGAUCCCCGUGCCAAUCACUUUGCUGCCAGAAUUAGGCUGAAAGAAGAUGAAAUAGAAGCUUGUACAUUUGGUUCUAACCAAAUGAACGAUGAAUCUAUGCCAAAGGUUGAGGAAAUUGUUAUGCAACCUUCUGAAGACGUUGGGAAACUGAGGCCUAUACUGAAGAGGAAGGAUAAUUCAGCAACUUCCAAGGGUAAUAAACAUGUCAGAUUCGACCCAGGUUGCAAGGAUAAUUAUGAAGAAACAUUAGAGAAAUCACUAGAUUUCUUUAGAGACUCCUCGUCGGUGGAGACCGUAGUUUCUGGUGAUGAUUGUCCAUCGGCCAGAAACAGACCAGGAGUUCCCGAUUAUCUGCUGAAUCCUUCCAAGUAUACGCAUUACACCUUUGAUUCAGCCAAUGAAGUUGAUGAUAAGUCAAACAGCCAAGCUUUUCUAGACUUUCUUAAGCUGGUGAAUAGGUCGAACCCAAAUGAGUUUAGGUCGCAGCUGGAGGAUGAAUCUGCUGAUCUUCCAAAAUCAAUAACGUUUAUACCAAGGAAGAAGGGAAGUAAUGCUGCUGCACCAGUAGAUAGAAGCACUGGGACAAAGCCAAACCAUGGAGAUGGUUCUAGCCAAUCGGCCAUUCCCCACAGCAUUGCAGCCCAAGGCACCGAGGUUAGUGUCAUGGAAGAUGAUCAGGAAACCUCCGCAACAGAUGUGAGUGCUAGCUUUCACAAACCAUCUCGCCGCUAUCGAACUCGAACAAGGGAGAAGUCCGAUGAUUCUGUUCUUUGAUUUUCCAUUGCUGUUGUUUGUUUCUAAGAGAUGCCUAGUUGAUGAUUUCUGCAAAGGGAAAUUUUGUUCCCUUCAACGUCUGUUAACCUAAGAUGCUUUUUUAGUCCAUGGAUAGCCAGUUUGAUGGCUGGAAUUUUCUUUUCUUGUGUGUGUUUGUACGUGGUGGUGUGUUUGAUACAAUAUUACGGAGUCGAGUGUUUAACA